GGGGCGGGGCUGGGCCCAGGUAGAGCGGCCCAGCGGCCGGCGCGGCGGACGGGAUGAGGCGCUGCAGUCUCUGCGCUUUCGACGCCGCCCGGGGGCCCCGGCGGCUGAUGCGCGUGGGCCUCGCGCUGAUCCUGGUGGGCCACGUGAACCUGCUGCUGGGGGCCGUGCUGCACGGCACUGUCCUGCGGCACGUGGCCAAUCCCCGCGGCGCUGUCACGCCAGAGUACACCACGGCCAAUGUCAUCUCCGUCGGCUCGGGGCUGCUGAGCGUUUCCGUGGGACUUGUGGCUCUCCUGGCGUCCAGGAACCUUCUUCGCCCUCCACUGCACUGGGCCCUGCUGGUACUAGCUCUGGUGAACCUGCUCUUGUCCGCUGCCUGCUCUCUGGGCCUCCUCCUUGCUGUGUCACUCACUGUGGCCAACGGUGGCCGCCGCCUUAUUGCUGACUGCCACCCAGGACUGCUGGAUCCUCUGGUACCACUGGAUGAGGGGCCGGGACAUACCGACUGCCCCUUUGACCCCACAAGAAUCUAUGAUACAGCCUUGGCUCUCUGGAUCCCUUCUUUGCUCAUGUCUGCAGGGGAGGCUGCUCUAUCUGGUUACUGCUGUGUGGCUGCACUCACUCUACGUGGAGUUGGGCCCUGCAGGAAGGAGGGACUUCAGGGGCAGAUAGACCUCAUCUGAUCAUUUCAAGGCGUGAACAGAACAUAAAGGCUGGCUCCUUCCCAAGUUAGAGAGAAUUCUUCCUGUUUGACUGCCUUUAAACGGGGACACUGGCUUCUUCCUGCCUUCAGAUUUGAACUGAAACAUCAGCUCUUCCUGGGACUCAAGCUUGCUGGCCUUCAAACAGGAACUACACCAUCAGUUCUCCUGGGUUUUCAGUUUGCCAGUUCACCUGCAGAUCUUGGGCCUUGUCUAUCUUCAUAACUGCAUGAGCCACUUCCUUUUAAUAAAUCUCUUUAUGUACACGUACACACAUAUACCUAUAGUCAUGCAUUGUCUAAUGAUGGGUAUGUUCUGAGAAAUAUGUCCUUAGGGGAUUUCAUCAUUAUGUAAACAUCACAGCACAAACCUAGAUGGUAUAGUCUACUAUACAUCAAGGUAGAGGUUGCGUAGAACUUAUUGCUCCUAGGCUACAAACCUGUACAGCACACUUCUGUACUGACUACUGUAGGCAACCAUAACACAAUGGUAAGUAUUUGUAUACUGAAACCUAUCUAAGGCCAGGCGUGGGAUCAUCUCAAGUGAUCCACCCACCUCAGCUUCCAAAGUGCUACAAUUAUAGGCGUGAGUCACCACACCCACCCAUGUGGUCUACUGUUGACCAAAACGUUGUUAUAUAGCAUAUGACUGUAUAUAUCCUGCUGGUUUCUCCAAUACAGUAUGUCUUAUUAUUUGUGACACAUACUGGCCUGGCUUAAUUUGCUGGAGGCUUCUUUUCAGGAAAUGUUGGGUGGGGGAGAUGGAGCCCAUGCUUUUUUCAUGUUCCCUGUCUGGCCAGUUCCUGUGCAUGGAGUUGCCCUUCUAGCUCCUGUCUAAGU